AUGUCAAACCCUUUUCCAGUGUCUUCCCGCCAACAACGCGAUACCGAAGGUACGACGAUAUUCGUUCAAGAAGAUGGCACAUUACUUGUGUCUUGUCACACAGAUUUUUCACUUAAAUAUUGUUGGUUCCAACAUCCUAAUGGGUCUCAGUUUACGCCUGUACGACUUGUCAAUGAAGAUCAACCUUUUUGGUACACGGGCGAAGGUUUAGCCGUUGGGCAAUGUGGAAUUACGUUUAAACGUGUAACAAAACAGGAUUCUGGUAUUUGGCGUUGUCAUAUGGGCCCUAAGCGUCAAGCUGGUAUAGAAACCACGCAUAAUAUUGAAGUGAGAGUCACAGGUCCUUUAGCUGCUAAUAAGAGGGAAAUUCAGGCUAGGAUCGGGGAGUCAAUCACGUUGUACUGUCAUACGGCUAAUGGAAAACGGCCGUUGUAUUAUUGCCGAUUCCUUUCGCCAUCGUAUGUCGGACUUAACAUAGAUUCUUCGGUGACUAAGGCAGACGCCAUCUUGGAUCGCUUCUAUUUCACGCCCGGACGCAACAUUACAGUGGGUGAUUGUUCCCUUACAAUAAGUUCGGUACAUGAAGAUGACAUUGGUAACUGGACCUGCGCGGCUAUUGUCAACGAUGACGUCAUGGAAUCCAGUGAUGUGAUACGAGUUUUCAUCGUAACAGAAUCUCGUUACCAAGCUGGCAUAAUUGGUGGGAGCAUUGGGGCGGCAGUACUUGUUCUAGUUCUCAUGGGCUACGUGUUUUAUAAACGGGGAUCGACAAUUUUAUCCCUGUUCAAAAGGCAGAACCCAUCUCCAGAUGGUUUCUCUCAAAGAAUGUCGGAAAUCACUGAUGUCAACUCAAGAUCCAGUCAGAGCAGUAUUGAAUCUGAGAGGGAUUUGGGAACAAGACAAAAUUGA